AUUCCCAACACAAAGCUCUGGCUAAGGCUCAUCAGCUCACGAUAUUUCACCCACCGUUUCCUUACAGUCCAUUCCCCUCGUCUUUACAUGUGUUUAUGGGACGCAAACGACUACCUUAACUGUGAAAUACUCUCAUCCGCUCUUCUAGACGCUACUACUACUACUACUACUACUCCAUCUCCCUUUUUAGUUGACCACUAUCUGACCACCCCACGGAUGGGAAGGCACAUCUUGCAAAAUCUUGGUGGCUUCAUGUGCUACAUCUAUUGGAAUAAGCCUCGGAUGUAUAACCCUGCCACCAGACAACUUGUCACCUUACCCUUCAAAAAGUCCGACCACAUGAUCGUACCACCAGGAGGAAAAAAAAUCGUCCGCUACUAUUUCGGAUACGACGCGCUUAACCACAAGUACAAAGUGGUCUCCUCGAUUAGCGUACACCUAAAACAGAAUAUGGAAGUGAUCAGUUCAGAGAAUUGGGUAUUUGUACUAGAAGGUGGAGUAUGUUCCUGGAAAAAGGCUGCUUUAACCUCACCGGACUUUUGUCCUCACGUGCCUUGCAAAAUGGAAGGACUGUGUAUCGAUGGGGUUAUAUACUACAUGGCUUUGCUUGGUCCGUUUGAAUAUGUGUUUGUGAGUUUCGACGUUAAAUCUGAAGAGUUCAACAUGAUCCAAGUACCUCGCAGGGACGGCGACGAGCUGCUUGAAAGGUUUCAGAAUGUGGGUCUUUUGGAGUAUGGUGGAAAACCAACUCUUUUUGACCAAACAAAUCUUAAAGACAAGGGUGUCGUGGCUUUAUGGUCUGUGGAAGAUGCCGGGAGCAAGAAAUGGUCGUGCAAGAGUCUGGUUGUGCAGCCUUCUCAACUGCAUCUGGUCAAUACCAUUACAUUCAAUGUGAAAGGUAUAACUCAAAACGGCAAGGUUCUCCUGAUACCAAAGAAUAUUCUUUUUCCUUUUCACAUUCUCUCUUAUGAUAUUCAAAACAAUGAUAUGAGAAAGAUUGAGAUCAGAGGUAUACCUGACCGCUGGUUUAAUAUGGACGAAGAAGCUGAGGUAUGUGUCGACGUGAUGUUUAUGGACCAGAGUGAGAGCGUCAUUAGUAGCGAUUUUGUAUCUUCUCUCGACUGGACAGAGAGAGAUAAUCACGACACUUACAUUCACAGAUCUCUACCACUUUCUGUGUCAUUACCGAUAUUGUGAGGGUUGUAUCAACUGAAAGGAACCAAUACAAUUAGCGCGACUCUAUAACUACGAAUUAUAUAGAAAUAUCAUAAGGAAAUCAAAUCUUUAUUCUAAAGGAGGAAAACCUAUUUCUUGUAGUCACAUAAAUUUAUAUGUAUGAUUUAUUAUAAAUAAUAUUAUUUUAACAUUUAUAUGUAUUAUUUAUUAGAAAUAAUAUUAAGUUCUUUUAGUUAGAAAUGUGUUUUAGAUAUAUAUGUAAUGUCUAAUCUAUUUAUUUGGGUAUAUUAAAAAUUUUGUUAUUAUUAUUUAGAUUGCUUUUUUCUAAGAUCUAUAAUACAUUUUAGUAAUUUUAAGCAUAAUUUAAUAUAUUUUGUUGAGAAUCAAAUUGAAAAAAAAAACUAAAGAGUUGAUCAAUUCAAAGAUACAUAAUUGAAUAUAAUGAUAAUCUUUUGCAUAUAUAAAUUUUGCAACAUAAAUAAAUUGUAACAAUUGGUUGAUAUUUAUUUUCAUUUAUUAGUAUAUUCUGGUUCAUUUUGUAAUUUAUACGUAUAAAAUAAAUAAAAUAGUACUAUAAAUAAUAAUAUGCUGCUAUUUUAUUCAAUCUAUACUUUUGGGUGUAAUAAUUUGGAUUGGUCCAUUUAUUUAGUUUGUGUGUAUAUAUUGAAUUAGAUAUAUUCCUUUAAAUAAAGUACUACUACUUUUAUUUUAAUUAAACCAAAUAAGAUUAGUUUUAUUCAUUUUUGGUUAUUCAUCUAAGAUAUGUAAAAUACUUUCAUAAGUAUUUGUAUAUUUUUUUAUUUGACAAAAAAAUCAGAAAAAACUAAAGUGAAAAUCAGUAUAAAAUUGCAUAAACAAACAAAACCAAUAUAAAUUUAAAAAUUCAUAAACAUCUAUCUAUAUUUAUAAAAUAAUUUAAAUAUUAUAAAGUCUAAGUGAUUUAUACUUUCGAUG